ACUGCGAGGCGCGGCUGGCUAGCUGCUCGUUCCCUGCCCGUAGCCCGCCGCACGACGCCCCGCCUCUGCUCCCUGGGUCCGGGGUUUCAACCUGGCGGGACUCGGGGAGGCUGGCGGCCCGUAUGCAAAUGCCCGGCGGGGCGGGGGCCUCCUCCCGCGCCUGGGAUAAAAGGCGGGGCAGAGCGCGCGGGGCCGCAGAAGCCGCUGCUUCCCGGGAGCCGGCCGUGCAUUCCGGCCCCGCGCGCCGCGCCGCUCCGGUGAUUGCAGCUGAGGAGACUGGACCAUGUCCGAGUUCUGGUUGAUAUCUGCCCCCGGCGAUAAGGAGAAUCUCCAAGCCCUGGAGAGGAUGAAUACCGUGACCUCCAAGUCCAACCUGUCCUACAACACGAAAUUCGUUAUUCCUGACUUCAAGGUGGGGACCUUGGAUUCCCUCGUGGGUCUCUCUGACGAGCUGGGGAAACUGGACUCCUUUGCUGAAAGUCUCAUAAAGAGAAUGGCUCAGAGCGUGCUGGAAGUCCUGGAAGACUCAAAGGGAAAAGUCCAGGAGAACCUCCUGGCCAAUGGAGUGGACCUCACAUCCUUCGUGACUCACUUCGAAUGGGACAUGGCCAAGUACCCUGUGAAGCAGCCACUGGUGGGCGUGGUGGAUACUCUGGCAAAGCAACUGGCGCAGAUUGAGACUGACCUGAAGUCCCGUACGGCUGCCUACAACACCCUGAAGACCACCCUGGAGAACCUGGAGAAGAAGUCCAUGGGGAACCUAUUCACUCGGACUCUGAGCGACAUCGUGAGCAAGGAAGACUUUGUGUUGGAUUCUGAGUACCUCAUCACGCUGCUGGUCAUCGUCCCUAAACCAAGCUACAUGCAAUGGCAGAAAACCUAUGAAUCCCUCUCGGACAUGGUGGUCCCUCGGUCGACCAAGCUGAUUGCUGAGGACGGUGAGGGCGGCCUCUUCACCGUGACUCUGUUUCGGAAAGUGAUUGAUGAUUUCAAAAUCAAGGCUAAAGAAAACAAGUUCACUGUGCGUGAGUUCUACUAUGAUGAGAAUGAGAUCAAAAGGGAGCGGGACGAGAUGACCCGGUUGCUCUCUGAUAAGAAGCAACAGUAUCAAACUUCCUGUGUUGCUCUUAAAAAGGGAUCCUCUACCUUCCCGGACCACAAGGUUAAGGUAACCCCGCUAGGGAACCCCGAUAGGCCAGCUGCGGGGCACAGCGACAGAGAGAGAGAGAGUGAGGGCGAGGGCGAGGGCCCCCUGCUGCGCUGGCUCAAGGUGAACUUCAGCGAGGCCUUCAUUGCCUGGAUCCACAUCAAAGCCCUGCGAGUGUUUGUGGAGUCUGUGCUCAGGUAUGGGCUGCCUGUGAACUUCCAGGCAGUCCUCCUGCAGCCUCACAAGAAGUCGGCCACCAAGCGCCUACGGGAGGUCCUCAACUCUGUCUUCAGACACCUGGACCAAGUCGCUGCUGCCAGUCUCCUGGAUGCCUCUGUGGAGAUCCCUGGCCUGCAGCUCAGUAACCAGGACUACUUCCCAUAUGUCUACUUCCACAUCGAUCUCGGCCUCCUUGACUAGAAGGGCGGCUGGCAGCACGUCCAGGCGCACGUGGACUUCAGGGCUG